UUACAUGCAGAGACUUUGAAUGAGAACUCGAAACUUGCGCUGCCUGGCAACCUCUUUCUCUUGUAUAUCAAGCUUCAUGCUAAGCUGGCCAUAUUUUAUGAUCAAUACGUAGCAAUUUGUUCGGUUAUGGUCUAUAUUAGCCAUAUCUGCAUGAUACUGAGCUGUAUGACAAAAAGGACACAUGGCUAAUUUACAAUGAACCAAUGAAUUUUUCCAAGCAUUUGGAUACUGCUACAUCUGUGGACACCAGUAAAAAGAUGCCUUACUCUGUAAGCCAAAACUUGAUCUCAAGUCGGAGUUAUGGAUACAUCCCACCCAAACCAGCAGUUUGCCCUGAUCCAUGGAGCAUUAAAGCACCUGACUUCACCCCAAAAUUGUACAGAUCUAUGGGUUUGCCGCAAAUCAAUGGAAAAAAUAUUCAGCUUGUUAAAUCCAAAGAUAACCUGGAAGAUAAACCCAUCUUCAAGGAAAAGAUCGAUAUAUUGUCUACUUCAAUGUUUCCUGAACUUGAGCAAAAGAGAUGUAAAGCAAAGCCAUUUAUCACACGCUACAAGCCCCCAGACUCACUAGAAUCAAAGUUGUUAUUUGUGAGAGCAGGGAAGUAUCCUCUGGGGCCAUACAAAGAUCCAAAGCCUCAUAACUUUAGACCUUGUGCUGAAGGAAAGCCAGAUAUAAUCACUACUUUGGAAAAGGAUCCUGGGAGUUUGAUCUUUAAAUCUCAGUACCUAAGAACAGUCACAGAAAGCCAACCUGAACUGAACAUUUCUCAAAGAGACAAAAUGAGCAGAAUGGACACUUUCAGACCUGCUGAUCUUCAAUGGGACCCAAGGUUAAUUCUACCAAAGAUGCCAUGGCCACCAAAAUCUGCAUCUUAUACAAGACAUCGGCGCAGAAGAGGUGCAUAUAGUGCCUUAAUGGACAGAAUUGAGGAAAAGCUGAACAACUCCUGGAGAAAAUAAACCUGUUUUAAUACUAAACAAAGAUUUUUGCAUCUUGCAGAUAAUGUUUCUGUAACUCACCUGUAAGGGCUCCAAGAUAUGUUGGAUAAAAGCUUAUGCCAACUGUACAAUGUAGAUAAAGCUAGUUUAAACAGACUACUGUUUUGAACAGGACUGUUUUACUAUCCAACGCUUUCUGAAAUAUUUUUACACAAAAUAAAGAAAAGUUAAA